GAACCUACCAUCUCUCACCAAAGAUUAGAAUAUACAAAACCCUAAACCCUGUAAACCUCUCCCACUCGCAUUUCAUUACCAUCCUUCACAAAGAACUUCAAACCGAUCCUCCUCUGCUCUACGUCCAAGUUACAGCCAUGGCUACGGCAGCUUUGCUUCGUUCAUUUCGACGCCGCGACGCCGUCUCUGCACCUCUAUCAGCUUACAAAUGCCUUACUAGCAAUGGCAAGAGCUCAGCCGGAAUUAAUUGGACAAGUUUUUCAAGAGCUUUCAGUGCAAGACCUGCAGGCAAUGAUGUUAUUGGUAUUGAUUUGGGGACAACCAACUCCUGUGUUGCUGUCAUGGAGGGAAAGAAUCCCAAGGUUAUUGAGAACUCGGAGGGUGCACGGACCACACCAUCUGUUGUUGCCUUCAACCAAAAGGGAGAGUUACUUGUGGGCACCCCUGCAAAACGUCAGGCAGUUACCAAUCCAACUAAUACAGUAUUUGGGACCAAGCGUCUGAUUGGUAGACGAUAUGAUGAUCCCCAGACAACAAAGGAAAUGGGGAUGGUUCCUUUCAAGAUUGUGAGGGCUCCCAAUGGAGAUGCCUGGGUUGAAGCGAAUGGGCAGAAAUAUUCUCCUAGCCAAAUUGGUGCAUUUAUUUUGACCAAGAUGAAGGAAACUGCCGAGGCUUACCUGGGAAAGAGCGUUUCUAAUGCUGUUAUCACUGUUCCAGCUUAUUUCAAUGAUGCUCAGAGACAAGCAACUAAGGAUGCUGGUAGAAUUGCAGGCCUUGAUGUUCAGAGAAUAAUCAAUGAGCCUACUGCAGCUGCCCUUUCAUAUGGAAUGAACAACAAGGAGGGUCUCAUUGCAGUUUUCGAUCUUGGUGGUGGAACAUUUGAUAUUUCAAUUUUGGAGAUCUCUAAUGGCGUCUUUGAGGUCAAAGCAACAAAUGGUGAUACUUUCUUGGGAGGAGAAGACUUUGACAAUGCCUUGCUGGAAUUCUUGGUGAGCGAAUUCAAGAAAACAGAGGGAAUUGAUCUUUCAAAGGAUAAACUUGCACUCCAGAGGCUUCGGGAAGCUGCUGAAAAGGCUAAAAUUGAACUCUCAUCAACUUCGCAGACUGAAAUUAAUCUUCCAUUUAUAACAGCCGAUGCAUCUGGGGCAAAACACUUGAAUAUCACAUUGACCAGAUCAAAGUUCGAGUCUUUGGUAAAUCACCUGAUUGAGAGGACCAAGGCUCCUUGUAAGAAUUGUUUGAAGGAUGCUGGCAUUUCUACAAAGGAUAUUCAUGAGGUUCUUCUUGUUGGAGGGAUGACUCGUGUACCUAAAGUACAAGAAGUAGUGUUGGGGAUCUUUGGAAAGAGUCCAAGCAAAGGUGUCAAUCCUGACGAGGCGGUUGCUAUGGGAGCAGCAAUUCAGGGUGGUAUACUUCGAGGUGAUGUUAAAGAGUUGCUUCUGCUUGAUGUCACUCCUUUGUCACUUGGUAUUGAGACACUUGGUGGUAUAUUCACAAGGCUAAUCAACCGGAACACCACCAUUCCAACAAAGAAAAGUCAGGUGUUCUCCACUGCAGCUGAUAACCAAACACAAGUAGGCAUUAAGGUACUUCAAGGUGAGCGUGAAAUGGCUGCUGACAAUAAGACGUUGGGUGAGUUUGACUUGGUCGGCAUCCCGCCCGCUCCUAGAGGCAUGCCUCAGAUUGAAGUGACUUUUGACAUCGAUGCCAAUGGUAUUGUCACUGUUUCUGCCAAGGAUAAGGCCACUGGGAAAGAACAACAGAUUACCAUCCGUUCAUCGGGUGGUCUCUCAGAGGAUGAGAUCAAUAAGAUGGUGAAGGAAGCCGAGUUGCAUGCCCAGAAGGACCAACAAAGAAAAGCCCUGAUCGAUAUAAAAAACAAUGCAGACACCACUAUUUACAGUGUGGAGAAGAGCUUGAACGAGUACAGAGACAAGGUUCCUGCCGAAGUUGCAAAAGUGAUAGAGGAUGCCGUUGCGGAUUUGAGGAAGGCAAUGGAAGGAGAGGACGUGGAUGAGAUUAAGGCCAAGAUCGAUGCAGCAAACAAAGCAGUGUCGAAGAUCGGGGAACACAUGUCUGGUGGUUCAUCCGGUGGUGCUGAAGGUGGUUCUUCCGGGGGUGCCCAAGGUGGUGGUGACCAGGCACAAGAGGCCGAAUACGAAGAGAUGAAAAAGUGAGCAAUCAGCCAAUGAUUCGCGUAGUUGUUUCCCUUAUUUCUGAGAUGGUAUGUCCAGUUUUGUAUCUAAAUGACCAAAAGAGUUGGAUUUAUUAGGAAUUUGAGGGCAGAGACCUUUCAAACACUAGGUUAAUUUAUCUGAAAAGUGUCCUAAAUAAGGAAAGGCUACUUUCGGUUGAUAUAAUAUUUGCUUCUUGAAUGCCUGUUGUUGCAA